AUGCCAUAUGAGAGCAUUAAGAAAGCUGUGGAGAAAAAGCAACAACAGCUCCGUGCUCCGACCUACGCUUCAGAAACGUGGGGGCUUCGCAACCAAGAGAAAAAUCCGAUUAGCAUCAUAAAACGCGCAAUUAAAAGGGAAAGAAAGGCACAAUUAGAUAAAGACGUCGAAGCUUUGAAGUCUGAUCGGGAAAAAUCAGCCGAUCGAGAGAAGAAGCUUGAUCCAAAACUGAAAGUACGAAUAAAUGAGAAGAACUGUGUCCUAUACGAAACGAAUGACGCACCAACCCUCGACGAGCAGGAUGAAAAUGAAGAAAAUGCUGUGGGAGAUCUCUAUUAG